AUGUCGGUGCAAGUUCUUCAACCUCAAUCGGUGAAUGGUGGUUCUGCAUAUGGUGGCAACGCUCAAUACCAACUAGGUCAGGUGGUAUCGGUUCGAGUUUGCAGGGAUUUGUCUACUCGACGAUCUCUUGGCUACGACUAUGUCAACUAUGUGAACCCACAAGAUGCUGCAAGGGCGAUAAAGGUGCUGAACUUCACACCUCUCAAUGGAAAGUCUGUUAGGAUAAUGUAUUCCCAUCGCGAUCCCAUUGUAUGCAAAAGUACAUCUGGGAAAAUAUUUAUCAAGAAUUUGGACAAGGCAAUUGACCAAAAAGCACUACAUGACACAUGCUUUACAUUUGGCAACAUCAUUUCUUGCAAGAUUCCCAUUGACAUGACUAGUCAGUCAAAGGGUUAUGGGUUUAUGCAGUAUGAUACUGAGGUAGCUGCACAACAAGCCAGUGAGAAGCUCAAUGGCAUGCUUCUGAAUGACAAACAAGUGUAUAUAGGCCCUUUCCUACAUAAGCAAGAAAGAGAAUUGGUUGUUGACAAGAGAAAGUUCACUAAUGUCUUUGUUAAGAACCUAUCAGAAUCAAUAAUAGAUGAUGACUUAAACAAGACAUUUAGUGAAUACAGAACAAUCACAAGUGCAAUUGUGAUGUGGGAUACACUAACACUCCCCCUUAGAUUCGGAAGCUCGAUGAGUGUAUCGCCUAAGUCUCCAGGUAUGGAUUUGACCUAUUAUCUUAUUUAA